UGUUUUUUGCACUAGUCGAUAGAUAAACGUAAACCUGUGGUUGAUCUCAUGAAAUUAGGGUUUGGGUUUACUAUAAAAUUCAUUUACUAUAAAAGUUGGUCUGAUAAUUUAUUGCGAAAAUUCAAAUCUCGAAAUCUAGGGUUUCGUGGAGUUACGUGAAGCUGUUAACUUUACCGUCCACAAAUAUAAUUAUAUGUACACACAAUACUGGUUUUGUUACAGUAUAUAAAUUCAUUUGAUAUGUGCUCAUCUUUCAAUUCAUUGCCGUUUUGGGCGGAAGAUUUUUGCUUAUUUUUUGUGUCUUUACUUGAAGCUUUGAGCCACAUGAUUCAACAGUGACUGUACCUUUCUCUCUCAAUCAUCUUUCUCUUUCUUGCUUGAGACUCAGAUUUCUCAAAAUUAUCUUGUGAUUACUUUUCCUGAAACUGCCACUCUCUCUCUACAACAUGAUUGAUUCUCAGCCAUGAAAAUGACCUAGUCAGUGUUGGUGGAUAUGAACAGCUUAAGGCCUGAGCUCCACAUCGCACAGCAAAGCCGUCGAGACAAGUUGCGAAUUCAGCAAGACACCUAUUUCCCUCACGAUGCUCUAAGCUACGAUGCGUCGGAGAUGAUCAACUUCUCUGUCAAUCCGGGCCCCCUCAAGCGGCCCGAAGAGGCCCCCUUUCCUACCACUGACGCACAAUACUUUAGCACAUGGAAAACCUCACAAGAUUGGGUGGCUAAUCACACCUCAAUUUACAAUUCUACUAAUCCUAUUUCGGCGCUGAAUGUUAAGCCUGAUUAUCUAGGGUAUGAUCAAGAGCUGCAUCCAUCUCUUCCCAAUUCAGACUCCUCACUUUACCAGAAUAUUGCGUUGCAAGACCUCGAAUUCGCCUCUCUCCGCCACAAGAGCUCGGGGGAAACCGGCCUCGGUGGGCCUUGGCUGGUUGGUGGGAAUGGCUCCAGCCAAUGGUGCGGCGAGCUUGAUUUCACUCGUUCCAACGCACAAGCGCUCUCGCUCUCCCUCUCGUCCGUCCCUCGGCCGAAAGUCCACGAGACUCAGAUUGCUGAGAGGGGUUUGCAAGCCAGAGGUGUCUGUGGAAGUAGUAAUGAUCAAGAUUCGAGAACUUGGAAGCCGGAGAUGCUGUUGCCUCCGAUUCAUCAGAAUGUGUCGAGCAGUAGUAGAAUUCAUGGGGCACAGGGUUUGACUCAUCGGAACCCCGGCCCGUUGGGCCCAUUCACCGGAUACGCGACCAUUCUCCGAAGCUCGAGGUUCUUGAGGCCGGCACAGCAGAUGUUGGAGGAGCUAUGCUGCAUUGCCGGACCUAAAGAUGUCGAAAUAUGUGAUGUUUCUGAUGAGAUUUUGGAGGAGGUUAGGGUUUCCAGUGAAGGUGAUACGAACGAUAACGACUGUGCCAUGGGGGCGUUCGUGUUCAAUGGUUCUAGUGGUAAGAGCCAGGAGGCCGGGGGUACGAGCUGCUCGUUGGAUGCUCAACGGCCGGAGAAUCAUCAGAGGAAGGCAAAGCUGUUGUUUAUGAAAGAUGAGGUUUGCAAAAGGUAUAAACAGUAUCACCAGCAGAUGCAAAUGGUGGUGUCAUCUUUCGAAUCAGUGGCCGGCCUCAGUGCUGCCACUCCUUACGUGUCGUUAGCCCUAAAGAUGAUUGCCAAGCAUUUCCGGUGUUUGAUGAAUGCGAUAAUGGACCAGCUCAAGAGCAUAAAAAAUGCGCUGAGGGAUGAAUUCUCGUCCCCGUCUGCUGCCACAGCUGGAAACAAGGGCGAUGCCAAUGCUUCGGGGUUAAAGUUCUUCGAUCAAAGCUUCCAAAAGCAGAAAGGGGCAGGGAAUAUUGGCAUUCUUGAAAACCAGCAUAUUUGGAGGCCUCAGCGAGGCCUACCAGAACGUGCCGUUUCUGUCUUGAGAGCGUGGUUGUUCGAUCAUUUCCUUCAUCCGUAUCCUACAGACACUGACAAGCAUAUGCUGGCCACGCAGACCGGCCUCACUCGAAACCAGGUUUCCAACUGGUUUAUCAACGCCCGUGUCCGCAUAUGGAAGCCGAUGGUCGAAGAGAUACACAUGCUCGAAACCAAAGUGUCUGAAAAUGUUGGGAAAAGUAGUAAUGGCAAAACUGCAGUUGAAGGUUGCAGUCAAGGCGACGACAGCAGCCAAUCUUUGAACCGGCUGAGAUUGCAUGCUGUCCCGGAUCAGCAGGGCGAAUGCUCGGGUUUUGGCCCUCCCGGGCAGGAAGGGGAUAAGUUUAAGGCAAGCAUGUGGAAUCAAGAGAAACGUUCAAGAAUCGAGUACCACGUCCAGGGCAGCGUUGAUGGGCCGAUGAUGGGGUUCAUGCCGUCUCACGGAAGUGGCAUCGAGGGGGGCGGGAUAGGGUCGGUGUCGCUGACUUUGGGUCUCAGGCAAAGCCCGGAAGGCGGUCAGCUGCCUCCGAUGCAGCAGGAGAGGCAUAUGAGGCAUUAUGGAGGUCAGAUAAUUCGAGACUUUGUUGGCUGAUGAUGUUGAAAUAUGAAUCUUGGAUGUAGACUUUGGGGAAAUUAAGGUAGAAAUAAAUUAUUUUAGACGACAAACGAAGGUGGUGAGAUUUGGGAAAAUGGAAAGUAGGAUAAGCAAAAUACCUCUCCAGAAAUGUAGGAAAGAACAUUUCAACGUAGUGGCGGUGUUUUGUAUUGGAAAACCGUUUCUUUCGGCUAUAAAAUAUGGUUGGAUUUGUUACA